CUCAGAGGCUCGCUCAUCGCAUGGAUCAUGAAAACUCUCAUGCAAGCACCAGCACCGCCGCACGCCAGCCUCCCUCCGUAUGCCAGCUCUGCUGGGAGGGCCCUGCGGCGCGGCUGCUGGUGCCGCGCAGCGACUUACAAAACGUCGAUCUCGACUCCCCCCUGACCUGGCUCGGGGAGUGCACCUAUACCACCUCGUGGGCGGUCCUGCACUCCAGGUCCGCCACAGGCUGUGUGUGGUGUCAGUUCAUGUAUUCGAUGCUCGGGGAGGACGACGAUGCAGAGUCUGCGACGCCGCUGAAAGUGUUUAUGGGGCCCGGAGGGCUCUUGACCGAGUGCUCGCCGCCGGAGACACAGACCGUAUAUGUGUCCAUCGACGGCGAGCCGCGCUUCGCAGGCUACGUGUAUACGAGUCUGGACGACCCCGCGGCACCGCACAUCGUCGCGCGGAGCCAUGUGCGAGACGUCGGAUCCCCGCGCACCCUCGCCCUGGCAAGAGCGUGCAUCGAAGAGUGCGUGGCGAUGCACGAACGCUGCACAGCGAUCUCCGUCUCCCCCGACCCACUCCUCCCCACCCUCGUCCUCGACUGCACCAACCCCGCGCGCCCGCGCCUGGCCGCGACCGACGGCAAGCGCGGCCGGUAUCUCGCGCUCAGCUACGUCUGGGGCGAGAUCCAGCCGCACUGCACCACCACCCACAACAUGUCCGCGUACGCGGAUGGGAUCGAUCCCGCGCGCCUCCCGCAGACCAUUCGCGACGCGAUCCACGUCACGGUCGCGCUCGGGUUCCGGUACCUGUGGGCGGACAGCCUGUGCAUCGUCCAGGACUCGGACGAGAGCAAGCGGCGCGAGAUCGGGCGUAUGCACCACAUCUACCGCGACGCGUACUUGACGAUCAUCGCUGCGAGCGCGAGCAGGGUCGGGGAGGGCUUCCUGCAAGAACGGCCUGCGGCAUCACGCGACUUCGCUCUCCCUGUGCUGUGUCCCUCGCAGCAGACCGGCACGGUACACGUCUCCCCGACGCAUACUCUCCCGGAAGACGAGAUAGAGCAGUACAGCCACGGGUGGGACCCGGUCAGCACGCGCGGCUGGUGCCUCCAAGAGUACUUCAUGUCCCCUCGCGCGCUCCUCUUCACGUCUCAGACCCUGCAGUUCCGAUGCCAGACCACCACCCAAAGCGUCGGCGGCGCGUACUACAACCCCACUGGGGAGCAGCGCAUGCCAGACGCGUUCUUCCGCCCAGACCUGCCGCCCGCCGCGCCCGGCUCCGCAGAAUGGGCCGCGAUGUACAAGGCGUGGCUCGAGAUCAUCGAGGACUACAGCCGGCGCGCGGUGAGCAAUCCCUCGGACAAGCUCGUCGCGUGCGGUGCGAUCGCGGCGGGCUUCCAGCGCGUGCUGCGCACAGACUACCUCGCGGGCCUCUGGCGCGCGACGCUCCUCGACGACCUGCUCUGGGCGAAGCAGAGCGGCCCGCAGGCGGUGCGCCCCGAGGAGCUCCACGCGCCGUCGUGGUCGUGGGCGGCGGUCGACGGGGAGGUCUGGACGGGCGGGGACUGGUCCCGGUCCACGUUGUUGCAGGGAACGCCGGUCGCGGAGGUCGUGCGAUGCGAGGUUGCGCUCGCGGACACGGCGCUGCCGUUUGGGCAGGUCACUGGUGGGUCGCUCGUCGUGCGCACGUCGUUGACCCGGUGCGUGCUCCUCACUGGCGAAGGAUACAAGCCGUUUCGUAUUCUGCUUCCGACUGCGAAACAGGUCCGCCGGUGGGGGGCCGCGGGCCUGGAUGUGGAUGGUGAGGUGCAGAAGGCGGCGGCGGCGGAGGCGGAGACGAUGAUCAUUGGGUGGGUGUACGUUGACACCGAGGCGGAUGUGGGGAUCCAGAGACUGUGGGCAGCCCCGCUUACGCGGAAAGACAAGCAUUUAGAAGGAUUGAUCGUCACUCUGGUCGAUGGCGCGGGCAGCACAGGGGAUGCGGCCUGUGUGACUGACCCCACAACAUUACCUCUCCAGAGAAAAGUAUAUCGACGUGUGGGGCGAUUCGACGUGUUCAGACAGGACUCUCUUCGCGAGGUGGAGAGCUAUUGGAACGGUGAGAUGCCACCGGUAGAGAUUGAAAUUAUUUGA